UCUGUCUGUCUGUCUGUCUAUCUAUCUAUCUAUCUAUCUAUAUGUACGUAUAAAUUCUCUACUUCGAUGGGUUUUUAAGAUGUGUAUAAGUUGCAGAAAAUUCAAGCUGAAUUGGGUUUGAUUUUGAAUUAAAAGCUCAUCAAGUUUUGUUUGUUGUGAGUGCCUUGUUUUUGUGCUCUGAGAUGGAAAAAUUCAACUUUGGUAAGAAUGGUGUGCUAAGAUUGCCUCCUGGCUUCCGCUUCCAUCCCACUGACGAAGAGCUCGUUCUUCAGUACUUGAAACGCAAAGUAUUUUCAUGCCCUUUGCCAGCUUCCAUUAUCCCAGAGUUCGAUGUUUGCAAAUCCGACCCUUGGGACUUGCCAGGUGAAUUGGAGCAAGAAAAAUACUUUUUUAGCACUAGGGAAGCCAAGUAUCGAAAUGGGAACCGGUCCAACAGAGCGACAGGUUCUGGGUAUUGGAAAGCGACAGGAAUAGAUAAGCAAAUUGUAUCUUGCAGGAGCAACCAAGUUGUGGGGAUGAAGAAAACUCUGGUUUUUUAUAGAGGAAAGCCUCCACAUGGUUCUAGGACUGAUUGGAUCAUGCACGAAUACCGCCUCAUCGAUGCUGAAACUACAGCCACCACUUCCCCACAGAAAAAGAAAUUAACUCUGAGCACUAUGGAAAAUUGGGUACUUUGUCGUAUAUUUUUGAAGAAGAGAAGUGCUAAAAAUGACAAUGAGAUCAGAGAAUCUCACAAUUGUAACACAGUUGGGCCUGUAUUCUAUGAUUUCUUGGCCAAAGACAAGACUGAUUUGAAUCUUGCCCCUGCUUUGUCCUGCUCAGGUUCGAGUGGGAUCACAGAAGUUUGUUGUGAUGAUCAAUCAGAUGAUCACGAAGAAAGUAGCAGUUGCCAUAGUUUAUCCUCUUUUAGUAGAAGAAAACCUUAGCUAGCUAGCUACAAAAAAUACUUUCAGUAGUGUCUGUAUCAGUAAUUGAGCUUCCAAAUUGCCCCAUCAGAAUAACCAUCUUAGAGAUCUCUGAUGUUUGGUUACUCAGAAAAGAAAUCAAGAAAAAAUGGGAAGAAAAGAAAUUUCGGCAUCAACUAUUGUCAAUUCUCAAUUCCAAAGUUCUAAAUUA